AGGCCACUUCCUUCAACUGCUGAUCCUGCCUUUGCAGAGUCUCUUCUUCAGCACAAACUCUUGGAGUUCCUUCCCACAGCUCUCAGCCUAGGUAGCAGCCCAGGAACUGACCACUUCACCAUGCCACCAAAAAGGAAGUCGGCGGCCACCAAAUCAAAUGCUAAGCAGAGAAAGGUCAAAGUUGAGCCGGAGGAAGAUAAUGUCAAAUCCACUAUCGAAGCUCUAAAAGCUGCUCCCACCGUCAAGGCCAAAGCCAAGAUAGACGAGCACUGUCCACUGAGCAACACAUCGGCUGAGAUUCAUGAGGACUAUGACUGCAUGUUGAACCAAACCAACAUCGGAAACAAUAACAACAAGUUCUACAUCAUUCAGCUGAUCGAGCUCAAUGGCUCGUAUUACUGCUGGAACCGCUGGGGGAGAGUGGGAGAAGUUGGCCAAAGCAAACUGGGUUCUCCGGUCGCCCUGAACGUCGCUGUGAAAGAUUUUGAAAAGAAGUUCAAAGACAAGACCAAGAAUGACUGGGCAAACAAAGACUCUUUCGUGGCUCAUCCUGGAAAAUACACCAUGAUUGAAGUCCAGCAGGGCUACGAGGAAGCAACGAUUGUAAAGAACGACACUGUGGACGGAGGCACAAUUGUAAAUAAGAAAGUCAAACAUUGCACUUUAGACAAACCAACCCAGGAGCUGGUCACUCUUCUCUUUAGCCACGAUAUGUUCAAGGAGCAGAUGCAAACUAUGAAUCUUGAUGUGAAGAAGAUGCCUCUUGGAAAGUUGAGUAAGCAGCAAAUUGCCAAGGGUUUUGAUGCACUGGAUGAGAUUGAGGCAGCCUUGAAGCCAUCACCCAACAGAAAGCAGCUGGAGGAGCUGUCCUCAAAGUUCUACACCAUCAUCCCUCACUACUUUGGACGCAAUAGACCCCCAGUGAUUGAUACUUCGGAAGUGAUCCAAGCCAAAAGAGACAUGCUGCUGGUGCUUGCUGAUAUCGAGCUCGCCCAGAGUCUUCAAGCUGAGAAGGAGCAGAAAAUCAAGACUGAAGUGAUUGAGGAGGUUCCCCAUCCUCUGGAUGAAGAUUAUAACGUGCUGAAGUGUGACUUGCAAUUGUUGGCACCCAAUUCUGAAGAAUUCCAGAUGAUAAAGAAAUACGUGGAUGCGACUGGAUCCAGCUACAGACCAGUGAAAAUUAUCCACGUUUGGAAAUUGAACCGGGAUGGAGAGGGGUCACGGUUCAAGUCUCACGAUAACAUUGAGAACCGGCGCCUCCUGUGGCAUGGGACUAACAUUGCAGUUGUUGCUGCCAUUCUGAAAACAGGCCUGCGUAUCAUGCCACACUCGGGAGGGCGCGUGGGGUGUGGAAUCUAUUUUGCAUCGGAAAACAGCAAGUCAGCAGGAUACGUUGGUUUUACAUCCAAAAGCAUUGGCGUCAUGUUCCUGACGGAAGUGGCCCUGGGGAAGGAGCAUUAUAUCUUCCAAGACAACAGCCGCUUGAAAUCAGCUCCCAAAGGCUUUGACAGUGUCGUGGCUCGUGGUAACACUGAACCAGAUUGUUCUCAGGAUAAGGAGUUCAUUCUCGAAGGGAAGAAAGUGAUGGUGCCUCAGGGGAAGCCGGUAAAUAUCAAUGUGCAAAGCUCCUUUAGCCAGAGCGAGUAUGUCAUUUACAAGGAGAGCCAGGCUCGUCUUCGCUAUCUGUUACAAGUGAAGUACUGAGCAGCAUGGGAAUCCAACUCGUUUUCCAGGGAGCGUCGAGUCCCCUUCACUGAAGGAUCAAUAUCAUGUUUAUUUUCUGCUGUGGUUUGGUUACCCCCACUGCACUAUGCUAGCACUGGCUGCUUUAACCAUUGUUGCUUCUAUGCAUGACAGACUGUAGUAAUUUUAAAGAGCUUCUAUCUGAAAAAUAUGAGAUGAAACUGAACCUGAAGUGCUUUAGGUUUUGGGGUCCUCUUCCAUUGAGUCAGCAGGCAGUUUGACUUCAAUUGUAGCCCACAGUGCAGCCACUGUAAUCCUUAUACUUAGAUAUUGACUGAAACUAUCAGCAUCAUGUUGGUGCUGGCUUUAAAUGGUAUACUGUAUAAUGACUAACAGGAGCAUUACAACCCAUGGCCCAUUUGUCCUUUACUAAAAACUGCUGUUGGUGUCUAAGCAACGAGGAGAACUGACAGGCUUCGAACUCUACUCAAUCCUUACCAAGUUCCACUGACAAACACCCUGAACUGACCGGCCUAGCCGCUAAGCCGCUCUCACCAGACCACACUGAGUGACUCAUUGUUAGACUAUGCCUCUGGGCCUGUCUCUCCGGGCUCCACUAAGUAACCCACUGAACUGACAGGCCUAGCCCCAGGCCUCUCUCACCAGGCCAUACUGAGUAACUCACUGAACUGACAGGCCUAGCCCCUAUGUCUCUCUCACCAGACCACAUUGAGUAAUUCACUGAACUGACAGGUCUAGGCCUCUCUCAUUGGGCCACACUGGAUAACUCACCGAACUGACAGACCCACCCCCUAGGCCUCUCUCCAGGCCCUGUUGAGUAACUCACUGACAGGCCUAGAUCUGAUGCCUCUCUCCAGGCCACACUGAAUAACUGACAGAACUGAUAGCUUGCUUGGUGAGGCCUCCCUCAUGGGCCACAUUGAUGUGAUGGGGCCACUCUAGCUCAUGCAUUCUGCACCACAUUGGGAAAUGGUGGUAAAAAUCACUUUUGCCGACUGUAGGCUGACAGCAUAAAAGCUGGACAUGUCCCUCAUUAGUAUGAGUAACUUGCCUCUCGCUGGAUUCUCGGUCAGAUUUGACAUGCGUUUCACCCCACCCUGCUUGGUUAUGGUGUUGUUUUCUGAGGAACCAGUCUGCGUUCCCUAACAAACUCCCACAGACUCAAGGAGACCUGCAAUUUAUUGAAAUGUAUGAAUGGGAGAAUGAGGUGCUGCUCUCCCACGAUUCAGAUGAAUUCAGCUGCAAAUAUUUUUGCAUGAGAAAUUCAAAUACAUGACUGACUCUUUAAUUAAUCCAUCUGGAUGGCAGACUGAUCCCAUCUGCCUGCAGUCCCUCACCCAACUGUUUGUCUGGAGAACUGGUAUCUGCUGUGCACCACUGUAAUGGCUGCUCAAAGCCUCUGUAAGAGUAUACCUUGUCAUUGUAGAACGGAGGUAGGAUAAUGCAGGCCCAACUUUGGACUGGAGUCUGUGAUUUGACAUUGGUCGCAAUGAAAGUUUGGUUCCUCUGCUUCAUUUGAGAUUGUGGCUUAACAGAUUCCUUCUGCUGUGGGCUCAGUCGCAGAAACUGAAGCUGUCCCCAGUCUACUGCCAUUACCUGGAGAGGGGUGAAGGUUAAAGAUUGGCCUUGUCUGACUGUGGUAAAGGCCUCUGUGAAAGGCAGUGGGGUUUCAAUAGUAGAUCUGACAGCACGUGCUCACUGUGUAAGGCAUUGAACUGAGGUUGCUUUAGUAGAGAGUGAGUGACACAGAAUAAUCUCUUAUCCUUGACCCUGUGACUCUAUUGGAAGCUGUGAUUCACCUUGCACUGUGGAAGAUUUUUGAUAUAACAGAUUGUAUCCUCAGGGUUGGUGAUUGUUACCACUGUGUUUACCUGAAAGUCCCAGUUUGCACUAUUAAAGGAUUCUAUUAUUCUGCGCACUACUCUAAACUGAA